AUGAAUUCGUCAGAUACUCCAGCAAAUUCUUCAGGUUUUAAAACUGGUUUAACAUGGGAUUUAACUCCUUAUGAACAACAACGUAAAUCACAUGAAUUAUUACAUGAUGAAGAAUUACUUAUAAGUCCAAAAUCUUUACAAAGUGAAUUAACAUGUCCAAUUUGUCUCGAUCUAUUACGUAAUACACGCACAACAAAAGAAUGUUUGCAUCG